UUAGAAAGUUUUAAAAAAGCAAGAUUAUAUCUGGAAGAAAUAAUAUUACCCCAGUGAUAAAUUUGAUAAAAGAUGAAACCCGAAUAGAAUAUGAAAAUCUUGAUCGCAUCCACUCAUCGUCAAUUCGGAAAAUUUUGAAAAUGUAUGCAGAUCUGAUUAAUUUAUCUUAAAACAUAUAACAUGUUUUACUAUAUACGUUUUAUCAUAGAUAGACUCUAUACUACAAUAUUCAAACUGAACGACAUUUCUCUCGAGGAGCAAACAUAUCCUACGAAUGCACGCAAUGAAAUAAAGCGUGUGAAAUUGUAAUAAAAAAAAGUGGCGAUUACGCGUGCGCGACUUUUGCAUGUAUAAAUAAUCUUCUCAACGAAUAUUUUCUCUUUUUUUGUCAUGAGAAAAAGACAUUUGCUCAAUUUUCUCGCGUUAUCAAAUCGAUUGCAUAAUUGGACUUAUAGACUUAUAGACUUGUAGACUUCAUAGAAACACUAUUUUAGACUUUAUAGAAACACCGUUUAUUGAGAAAUUUCUUAUUUCGCCUUUCAUUAUACGAAAUUACAAAAUUAAGUAAUUUGUGCGAAAAUUUAUACCAGGGGAAAGUAAAUAAUAGUUGAUCGAUCAAUGGAAAAAGGAAGGGAUAAGCGUAAUUCUCGUCGGCUACUUCAGUCAUACGCGUUUUAGAUCUUGCAAAGAGAUGAUCUACACCGAGAUUAACAAUAAGUAUUUCAGUCUGAAUAGGAUUCUUUUACUCCUUAUUGGCUUGUGGCCUUAUCAACAAUCGAAUCUUACUCGAUUUCAAUUUAUUUUCCUGUCUAGUAUUCUGAUGACGAAUGUUAUAUUUCAGUGUACAAUAUUUGUCUCACAAAAAUGUACUCCGGAUCUCGCUAUCAAAGUUCUAUCUUCCGUAUUCUUUGCUGUCUUUGUGGUAAAAUACAACUUGUUCUAUCUUAAAAUCAAAAUUAUGAAGGAUAUAUUGGGACAACUAUUGCAUGUAUGUAAUAAGUUAAGAGAGGCAAAUGAAAUUGCUAUUAUAAACAAAUAUGGAUGUAAUGCCAAGCAUUAUACCGUUGCACUUACAAUACUUGUCGUUUGCAACAUAUCGGCUUUUAUCGUUGCAUCAUUUUGGUCGGAUAUUAUCGUUAUUUUAUCGUCAAACGCAUCUCGAUCACAUCAUCUAUUGAUAGCAACGGAACAUUUUAUUAAUCAAGAGAAAUAUUUUUAUUUGAUACUGCUGCACAACAUUGCAUCACUAUGCAUCGGAAUGAUUGCAAUGUUAGCGAUAGGAACAAUGUUUAUCGCGUAUCUUCAGUAUACUUGUGGAAUGUUUAAAAUUGCCAGCUAUCGUAUCGAAUGCGCAAUGAACGUCAACAUGCUACAAAAUAUUAAUUCUAAAAAAAAUAUUUUGAUAUUAAAUAAUUUAAUUUGCGCUGUGGACAUUCAUCGAAAAGCCAUGAAAUUGUCAACUCUGUUGCUAUCCAAUUGUCAAGCAAUGAUGUUUUGUUUGAUAAUCUUUGAAAUAGGCGCCGUGAGCCUCAAUUUAUUUCGAAUUUUUCAGAUUUUUUCAUCAUCCGAAAUGGAUGUCAAAGAAUUGAUAAUGCCCUUUAUAUAUGCAACUGUCGCUAUCUUGUAUAUGUUUCUAUCCAACUCUAUCGGUCAGACCAUAAUAAAUUACAAUCAUCAAGUAUUUGUUACUGUGUAUAACGUUCGGUGGUAUGUAGCUCCAUUACAUCUACAAAAAAUGAUACUAUUCCUGUUACAAAGAAAUUCAAGAAAUUUUGCUUUGAACGUCGGUGGACUGUUUGUUGCAUCUAUAGAGUGUUUUGCUACGCUCGUGAAGACAUCAGUAUCUUAUUUUACAGUUAUAUAUUCUACGCGAUAACGAGAUUGGAAUUAAAAAAGCACGAGCUACUUUUAGAGAUUUUUCCAUGCAAAGGAGAAUAUCGAGGAAGAAUAAUUUAGUUCAAGAGAUUAUUUUGCAUUGUAUCCUUACAAUCCAUCGAAAUGAA